AAAAACGACUUAAAUUUUUGCCUAAGUGCCCUUUGGAAGAAUUUCACAAAAUUGCUUGUACCGUUUCAUGGUGGUUAGUUUUAUAGGGUACAAGGAAACUUUAUACUCAGACGAGAUAAAAGAAAAUGAAAGAAUAGUUUUACUUCUAAUUUUUUGGCAGUUUAAAUGUUUUGUUAAAAGCGGCUGUUGUUGGUUAAAAUAGAACAUUUGUCGAGUAUUUGUUUCAGAGCGUUAAAGCGAGUUCAAUGGAUGCUAUAGGUGUUGGUGAACUUUCCUAGUUUUACACCUUCAGCGGAGAUUCGUGCUUGACUAUACUUUCAACUUUGUUUUCCAAUUCGGAUAACUAUGCGAAUCAUAUACAAGAUAUUAAUAUUUACUCUGAUUGCUACCAAUUGCUAUUCAGCUCAACAAAAUGGACAGAGGGAAAAACUCACUGGUCUACAGGUUUACAUCUCACCAAGAUCUGCAAAAGACAGAAGUCAAAGAGGUUCUGAGGCCGAGAAUAACGUAGCAGAUAUAAAGGCUAAAUCUAUCCAGCUGGAGAUAAGUUCAGGGGACAAAAUUGAGAACAAAGUAGACCUGCUAAUAGCAGCUACCAAAGAAGUUCAAACUACCCCCGAGGCUGAUAGAUACUCCCCUACAUAUAAUGCAGCCAUGGGAACUAAAAAUGACCAUCAACUUGAUAAGCUGAAAGAUGAUACUUCUUCAAAUUAUUUUGGUCCAACUCAACGCAAUUCUGAAUCUCUCUUUUCACCAGAAGAGUAUACGGGUAUGUUUCCUUUUCCUGCAAUGAGAUCCCUACUCCCCCCUUCUUUGUUCCCGAUGGGUAGUCAUUUUCCAGCGAUGCGACAUUUUGAGGACAGCUAUGAGCCCCAUUCCUUGAGUAACAACAUGAGAAAUUUACACGGGGAUCCUCAAUUAGAUCUUGCACUUUUACAACCUGUAUACCCACAUAGUUCACAGCAAAACAUGGCUGGUAGUCCACAACUUCAUUCGAAUCCUUAUUCAGUAGGAGGUAUGGCUCAUGGCUUUAAUGAACAGCAACAUCCUAACAGUGCAGCUGUACGAACUCACCAAAACAUUCCAAUUAUUCAAACGAUUCCCUCGCACAUGUAUCCUCAUCACACUCCUUUAAUGGCACCAGUUGGAGAUUUACAACAGGCACAUUACAGAAAGGUAAACCAAGAGCCCAAUUCAGCCCUUCCUGAUUCAUACAUGCGGAAUGAUCCAAGGCAAGAAAGGCUACUUCGCCAACCUUAUCAACAUGCUCCACAAGGAGCACAUGAACAUAUUCCGAGAAAUCAAUUGCAUCCCGGAAUACAACACUUAAGUCAAAAUGUCCAGGGUCACUCGAUACCUCAACCUGGAUCAUAUAUUCAAGCACAUCCCUCAGCAGGCUCAAGACUUCCUCAAAAUCUAUCGCACUUAGAUCUGCUUAGAGAACUUCAGAAAACUUUACACCCCAGUACUGGACAAAAUGUUCAACAGCGCGAUCAGGUUAGACACAUCCCCCCUCUCACUGAGCAUCAAGAAAGAAACAGAUUGUACGCCCCAGUACAACAAAAUUCUGCAUUGACGAAAGCUGAAAGAGACUCAAAGAAAGAAAAUGAUCACUAUAUGAGACAAGUAAUGCCUGUUCAUCAAAACUAUAGAACAAUUAACAUGCUUCAAGACAAACCUAUCAUGCCGAAUCACGCUAAACCAUUGACAAAUAGACCAACAUAUCAUCGCCAAUUGCCUCAAUACACAUUAAUAUCACACGAAUCACUACCCAAAUACUUGAAAGAGCAGCAGCCAACUUCCAACCAGCAUCAAGAUUCUUCGGAAAAUUUAAGAUCUCACCAUAAUAAUUUAAACUCAAAUGAGCAUCAACCACAACUGAGAUCCCCGCACUAUCACAACCGUCUUCCUGCUGAUUUAAUAGCAAGAGAUCAUCCGAGAACUACAGGAAGGUACCAUGCCCCCCAGAGAUUACCUACAUCAACUAACUAUGAAGGCAACAUUCGGUCACCUAACCCAAGCUCUGAUUUGCGGUCUAAUGUACAUGAAAUUCAGCAACACUUUCAUCACAGAAAUAUUUACACAGAACCACCCUACGAAAGACCUUCCAAUAUCGAUUCCAACGAAAGCACUGGAAUAAACUCUGAAUUAGCGAGCAAUCACGCAGUACCCUCCAGUGGCAGACCAACCUAUGAUCUUAGUGAAGUGGAUCUCAACAAUCUCCCUAGUAAAAAGUUUAUGAAGAAGAGUCGGAAACGUAUGAGAUCUAAAAAGGAUGAUUUGGAAGGACAUGCGUCUCACCAAUAUAUCAUAAAAAUUCGGUGAGGACUAAUCAUCAGCUUGCAUGAAGAUAUAUCAUGUUUUUUUUUUAUA